AUGGCCCAGGAGAAGAUGGAGCUAGACCUGGAGCUGCCUCCGGGCGCGGGCGGGAGCCCGGCGGAGGGCGGCGGCGGCGGCGGCGGCGGCGGGGCCCUCCGCAGGUCUAAUAGCGCCCCUCUGAUCCACGGCCUCAGUGACACCUCGCCGGUGUUCCAGGCCGAGGCGCCGAGCGCCAGGCGCAACAGCACCACGUUCCCGAGCCGCCACGGCCUGCCGAUGCCAGCCUCCCCGGUCCGCAUGCACAGCAGCCGCCUGCACCAGAUCAAGCAGGAGGAGGGCAUGGACCUGAUCAACCGGGAGACCGUCCACGAGCGCGAGGUGCAGAACGCCAUGCAGAUCAGCCACUCCUGGGAGGAAAGUUUCAGCCUGAGUGACAACGACGUGGAGAAGUCCGCCUCCCCGAAGCGCAUCGACUUCAUCCCGGUGUCCCCGGCGCCGUCCCCCACCCGGGGGAUCGGGAAGCAGUGCUUCUCGCCGUCCUUGCAAAGUUUUGUGAGUAGCAACGGAUUGCCUCCAAGUCCGAUUCCCAGCCCGACGACCCGGUUUACGACCCGGAGGAGCCAGAGCCCCAUCAACUGCAUCAGACCAAGUGUUCUGGGACCCUUGAAAAGGAAAUGUGAAAUGGAAACUGACUAUCAGCCAAAGAGGUUCUUCCAGGGCAUCACCAACAUGCUCUCUUCUGACGUUGCACAGCUGUCAGAUCCCGGCGUGUGUGUCUCUUCUGAUGCCCUGGAUGGAAACAGCAGCAGCACUGGAUCUUCCUGUAACUCACCAGCGAAAGUCAGCACUACCACCGACUCUCCAGUGUCACCUGCCCAAGCGGCCUCUCCAUUUAUUCCAGUAGAUGAACUUUCAUCUAAGUGA